CUUUUUCGCCGCUACAUUCAGGGCCUUUUCCCGCCCGGACAGGGCGCGACGAUCGGGGUGGAUUUCAUGAUUAAGACGGUGGAGAUUAAGGGGCAGAAGGUGAAGCUGCAGAUAUGGGACACUGCGGGCCAGGAGAGGUUCCGCUCCAUCACUCAGAGUUACUACCGCAGUGCCAACGCCCUCAUUCUGACCUACGACAUCACCUGCGAGGAAUCCUUCCGGUGCCUUCCCGAGUGGCUGCGGGAGAUCGAGCGGUACGCCAACAACCAGGUGGUCACCGUCUUAGUCGGUAACAAGAUCGACCUGUCGGAGAAGCGUGAGGUGGCUCGGCAGCGUGCCGAGGACUUUGCUGAGGCGCAGCGCAUGCUGUACCUGGAGACCUCCGCCAAGGAGUCGGACAACGUGGAGAAGCUCUUCCUGGACCUGGCCUCC